AUGAAAAAAUUUCAAGUACUGAAGCUCCCGAAUGGGCAGAACAAGCCGCUUCUUUACCUUCUUACACUGGUUCCACCGGUUGUCCUGUCCCUACUGGACCCGGAGAUUUUCUUCAAAGCCUUAGAUUUUGCUGGGACAUAUGGAGGUAACAUUAAGUCUCUUCUUCAGCCACCUGAAUCUCAACACAAGUACAAAACCAACUAUGGUUUCUCUUCUGUAGCUCUGGUAUUGGUCGGAAUCCUCCCAGCUGCAAUGUCUUGGUUUGAUAGGAACUCAAUCUCAUCAUCAACAACAACAAGCUUGCCACAACUUGUUCCAGGCGGAAAAAUCACUCUUUCACUAGUGAUGGGAGCAGCAGGAUACGUGAUUAUUUCUGAAGUAAUAGAGAAUUUUUCACGGUACGUGAUUAAUUCGUAA